AUGCCUCCCAAGUCCGGUAAGAAGGUGGCACCCGCCCCUUUCCCUCAGGGAAAGGCUGGCUCUAAGAAGGCUCCCAAGAACCCCCUUCUUGAGCGCAAGCCCCGCAACUUCGGCAUCGGCCAGGACAUCCAGCCUCGCCGCAACCUGUCCCGUAUGGUGAAGUGGCCCGAGUACGUCCGUCUUCAGCGCCAGAAGAAGAUCUUGAGCAUGCGCCUCAAGGUCCCCCCUGCGAUUGCCCAGUUCCAGCACGUCCUCGACCGCAACACUGCCGCCCAGGCUUUCAAGCUCCUCAACAAGUACCGCCCUGAGACCAAGGCCGAGAAGAAGGAGCGUCUCGUCAAGGAGGCCACUGCCAUCAAGGAGGGCAAGAAGAAGGAGGAUGUCAGCAAGAAGCCCUACACUGUCAAGUAUGGUCUCAACCACGUCGUUGGUCUUAUCGAGAACAAGAAGGCUUCUCUCGUCCUAAUCCCCAACGACGUUGACCCCAUUGAGCUGGUCAUUUUCCUUCCCGCUCUUUGCCGCAAGAUGGGCGUCCCCUUCGCCAUUAUCAAGGGCAAGGCUCGUCUCGGUACCGUUGUUCACAAGAAGACCGCCGCUGUCCUCGCUCUCACCGAGGUUCGCUCUGAGGACAAGAACGAGCUGUCUAAGCUCGUCUCUGCCAUCAAGGAUGGCUACAUCGAGAAGACCGAGCAGGCGAGAAAGCAGUGGGGUGGUGGUAUCAUGGGUGCCAAGGCACAGAAGCGCACCGAGAAGAAGAGGAAGGCGCUUGAGACCGCUAUCAAGGUCUAA